GGCUCAUUCGCUUCUUGUGACACCCUUCUUCACCUUCUAUUCUAAUGUCUUAUGUCCGCCUGUGGUGAUAUACCGACUCAUUAAACUCCUUCAACCAUGGCUAGUCCCCCAUCCACUGCGGCGUGGUCCGACGCGGAUGAGAGCAGCAACAUCAGGCCCAGUGGGCUGCCACUGGACAGACACUGAGCCCCCGUCAACUGCUACACACUCACGCAGGACAAAGAGCUCGGUGGCAUGGCCUUUUCAUACCCGUAACGCCUCGGAAGCGGCCUCGACAACACUUUCCAUGAAGAUGAGAUCGUCCUGGAAUCCCCGGAAUCUGUUAAGAAUGGCCGACGACAAUGUCAGUAUCUCGCGCAGCAUCGUGCCCGACUACAUCCUCCACUACAUGGCUGGAGAGACGCCAGAAAGCCUGGCCCAGAAGCGACAGGAGCGGGAGGAGGACGAGCGCCGUGGAGACGCACACUUGUUGCGCCGCAGAGAUUCGCUCACAUCAACACCAGUCGAGUUUGUCGACCUUUAUUCAUCAAGCACAGAUCUCACCAGAGGCAUCCCAAGCAGCUCGCGGAGUCAUCGGAGCCGCUACUUAUCUGGUUGGAGAGGGGGCCUAAGGCUGAAUGCCGUCCUCGUUGGGAUCGUCUUUGCUGCAACUCUAGGAUGCUUGCUGGGCUCUGUGGCCCGGACGAAGAGCGUGUCUGGCGACUUCUCCGUCUUUUCGGGAUCGUGUUCCGCCGCGAAGCAGACAAGCAUUGGAAUUCACGUCGCCAUCAACAUCGCCACCAUUGGCCUUCUGGCCGCGGCCAACUACGCCCUACAGGUUCUCUCAAGCCCCAGCCGAGUCGAGAUUGACAUUGCGCACGCAAAGAGGCAAUGGCUCGACAUUGGAAUUCCCUCGGUCCGGAACUUCAAGCACAUCUCGCCAGUCCGUAGUGUCCUGGCUGCUGCAGCCAUCAUCUGCGCUGCAGCAGGCCAAGUAAUUUAUAAUGGAGUAAUUUUCGAGACGAGAGGCCUGAAUGGACCAGACUCGUGUGGUAUCCACGUCAGCACCCCUUUGCUUUUGGUAGGCGCCGCGCUCAGUUUCGUGGUGCUCCUCUGCACCUGCGCGGCAUUCAUCCUGCCACACUUCGACCCCAUCAUCACUAUCGGCGACGCCAUCCGAUCCUUUCUGCGCAUUCAAGAUCCGACGACAACCGAGCGCUGCUUGAUGACCAAGCUCGACGUCAAACGGGGCCGAUGGGCCAACCACGAGGCAAGAUAUUUUGCUCGGGGCCGUCACUGGUGGUUUCUCUCGCCUUCUUUCACCCGCUGGUUUUUGACAGCUCUUGCUUUCCUGGCGGUCGCAGCACCCGCCACCGUCGCCGUCAUCGUCAUGGUCAACAGCGAUGUCGAUGAGCAGUUCCCCCCUUUCGGCACCGCCACUCGGUCUACCACCUUUGUCUUUCCCCCAUUCUCUAGCGACUCGACUGUGCCACGGAUUGUACUUGCGGCCCUCCCGCACCUUCUUCUGGCCAUCCUUUAUUUGAGUGCCAACGCCAUCUUCACCUGUUAUUACCUGUCCCAUGAGUUCAGUCUGUUUGCCCGAGAACGCCAGCAACUGCGCGUAUCCUCGAACCCCGUAAGCGCGCAGACGUCGACUCUCUACCUCACAUUGCCGAGGCCGGUGUCCUGGUGCCUGCUCGCGCUCUUUGCUGCCAUGGGUGUCAUCAUGAGCCAAUCGGUUUUCCCGAUCAUGAACCCGACGUCGUCUGAAGUCAACAACCCUAAUGGCGACGUCCAAAUCGGGCUUUCGUCUGUGGCCCUUGUGGCGCUGCUUGGACUGCUGGGCCUCUUGCUGCUUGUCAUUCUUGGCAUGGGCUUCCGGAGAGCUCAAUCCGCUGCUGUUGGCGAUGAAGGCGCCAUUGGCAACCCGCUCGCCCUGGCAGGCGGCUCCUGUAGUGCUGUCAUCAGCUCACGAUGCCAUGGCCGAUCCGAUGAGGAUGGCCGGGGUGCGUUGUCGUGGGGCGUCACGGAGGAAGCCAGGGGAAUGACGAUCGGCCACUGCGCCUUUUCGCGAAGGGAUGUGGGCAUCGUGGAGGGACGAGGGCUAUAUGCAUAAAGUGACUCUCCCGACGGGAUGAGCCCACAGCCGACCACGCUACCAAAACAGUAAAAUGCAUUCUAAAAAUACAAAACAAAGAAAA